AUGGGUGUCGUCGCUCCUAUGAGCCUUCCUGAGAAUGUGGACCGAGAAACCGACCGCAUACUAAAGGACACCGUCGCGUCAUUGAGAAAAGAUGGUAUCAUCUACAGGGGAGUGAUUUACGUCCUCCUCAUAGUGACAGCGGAUGGCCCGCAACUUCUGGAAUACAACUGCCACUUCGGAGAUCCUGAAACAGAGGUGAAUGCUGUGCACAAGUUUUCCUCUCAAUUCUUCAAACGUCUUUUCGCUCACUGA